GGGUAGUGACGAGGUGACAGUGACCCACGGGCCCUCAGACGUCUCUCACACGGGCCCUCAGGACCACCAGACGUCUCUCACACGUCAGGGGGGCCACGGAUCCUGGGGAACAUUUACACGUCAGGGGGUGACGAGGACCCUUCCCCCCCAUGCUUAGUCAUUCAUCUGUUGAAAUUGGUUACCGAUGAAGUUUUAUUUAAGAGAGCUGAUAAACAGAAGUAGAUGUAUUGUUAACAGCAGGAACCUUCAGGUACUAGGAAGACACAAGAUGUACAGAAUGAGUAGUAGGGAAAAGCAUGAUGGUGUUACUCCAAAGAGGGUGGCAGUGACGCAGAUGACUGCUACUCAAGACAAAGAAGCAAAUUUUAACACUUGUGUUGACUUAGUGAAGAGAGCAGCAGGAUCAGGAGCUCAGAUGGUGUUUCUUCCUGAAGCUUGUGACUAUAUUGCUGAGUCAAAGGAAGAUUCUGUUCAGCUUGCAGAAUCUAUUCAUGGACCACUGGUGUCUAAAUAUCAAGAGUUGGCAGCAUCGGUGCAUGUUUGGUUAUCACUAGGGGGACUUCACAUUAAGGAGGAAGGAGAAGAUAAACUACAUAAUACCCACAUAGUGAUAGAUGACAAAGGCAAGAUUGUGUCUAUCUACAGCAAAGUGCAUCUCUUCAGUGUACAUAUUCCAGAGCGGAACUUACAUCUUGAGGAAAAGGGCUAUGUGUGCUCUGGCAAGUCGAUACGUCCUCCCGUCUCUACCCCAGUGGGGGAGGUUGCUCUCUCUAUUUGCUAUGACAUGCGGUUUCCAGAAAUGAGCUUGAUACAGCGAAAGCUUGGUGCCCAAAUCCUGACCUUCCCAUCAGCCUUCACAGUGCCAACUGGCCUGGCACACUGGGAGCCUCUCCUCAGAGUUCGGGCAAUUGAAACACAGUGCUAUGUUAUUGCAGCUGCUCAGACUGGCCAACACAACAAAAACCGAUCGUCCUAUGGUCACGCUAUGGUUGUAGAUCCUUGGGGAGCUGUGGUAUGUCAAGUUAGUGAUGGAACUGGUUUUGCUCUGGCAGAUAUUAAUCUAAAUUUUCUACAAAAAAUUCGUCAAGAAAUGCCAGUCUUAUCACAUCGUCGUCUAGACUUGUAUCAUGUUCUUGAUGCGCAGUUGCCAGAUUGUCCAAGGAUUUGUGACUUGCUUCCAUUCCCAAGUCCAUACCUCAGUUAUCAGUUUGGGAAGGUCUCAGUUCCUGGGUCCUGCGUGUUUCUCAAGUCUCAACUUUCCCAGGCAUUUGUAAACAAGAAGCCAGUGGUGCCGGGCCAUAUCCUCUUGACUCCCGAGCGGCCAGCCAGUCGUCUUCACAAUCUUCAGGUUUCAGAAAUCAGUGACUUGGCUCAGCUCGCUCAAAAAGCUGUUGAGAUCAUUAUGUGCCACUACCAAGUGAAGGCAUGUAACAUUGCUAUACAGGAUGGCCCAGCAGCAGGGCAAACCAUUGAUCAUGUUCACAUUCACAUCGUGCCACAGAGCACGGCCCUUAAGCAGAAACUUCAGGGACACGAGGGUGAAGGGGUUAGACAGGAAAGAGCGAUGUUAGAAAUGGAGGAAGAAGCUGGCCAACUUCGACAAGUGGCAACACAAAUUCUUUCCAGUUAUUAUAACGCUGUGCCUGGAAUCCCUUGCAAUACCUGUGUGGAAAUCCCCGAGCCAGAAUGUUUCGAGACCUUUCAGUUUGGUUCAGUAGAAAUACCCAACAGUUGCCUGAUUGUCAAGACAAAACAUUCUUGUGCCUUUGUGGCACCUAAUCCUGUUUUGCCAGGACAUGUCUAUGUAACACUUCUUAAGCCUUCUGCAGGCUUUAGAAGGACAAGUGCAGAACAGAUCACAGACUUGUUCAUCGUAAUGCAUUCAAUUCAACAUGCCGUGGAAACUAGUCAAAAGACCGAAUCCUCCACAAUUGUUCUUUUAGAAGACUCGGACUUAUCUCAGGAAGAUCAGCAUCUUCAAGUACAUGCUCACAUCAUCCCAAGGACAGAGGGUGACCUUGAGAACAAUGACGACAUCUAUAACUCUAUUUUACAACAUUAUGGAGAGAAUUCCAAAUGGAAAUUUUCACAAGAAGUCAUGACUCGAGCUAGCCAGUUGAGAAGUUCAUGGCUUAUGUUAAACUAUACAUGCAAAAUGAAUUAAUGGACCAUUUGUUUUAGGAUUUGGUCUAAUUUGUGUUCUAAUUACAUAUUCCUAAUAUGGCAAUGUAAAUUGUUUUCAAGUCAUCAUUUGUUAUGAAGUUUAUGUUAAGGUAAGUAAUCAAAGUAAAUAUGCAGAAAAUUACAUCAUUUAAGUUUGAUCCUAGAUAUGAAUACUUUGUUUUUAAGUAUAGUCAACUACGUGCUUUUCGAAUGCCUUUUUUCAAAAAAUGCCUGUUAUCCAAUAUGGGUUCAGAUAAAAAGUUUGGAUAACUGGUGGGGUAGGCAAUCAUAUCAAUCAAUCAAUAUCAUAUCAUAGGCAAUCAAAUGGGGCAGUCUGAAUAAAAAUGUGCAAUGAAGAUGGAACUAGUUUGCCCAGUGACUGUACACAAUGUCACUUGAGCAGUGUUCAUACACUAAUGGAUGGCUCAAAGCUCUAAACUCUGCCAUGGCAUUAUGUACAUUAGAGUACAUGGUAAAAGGCAGUCUGCUGAGGUUACUUCAUCACCAUUAAUCUCCACUCAGUCAACCCAACACUUAUCAUCAUCCACCACCUUUUCUAUCUAAAUAACAAUGCUCCAUCAACUAUAAUCUUCGAAUUAACAAGUGGAUCAGGACUUCUCAUAUUGGUGAGUACAAACAAAACAGUGAAAUUUCUGCAUCAAAAGCAAAAUUGUCAACUUUUCCCCUAGCUUUUCAGUAUGACGAACCACUUACCCGAACACAACAGGUUAUCCAUUCAGUCUGGUCCCGAGGAGUUCGGAAAGCAUGUGGCUGUCUAACUUAAAAAAAAAAAAAAAAAGGCUCUAAUUACAAAUAUACAGAUUAACUUGUAUAAUUAAUGUCAAAUGUUGCAGUGCAAAGUUUAUGUAUAAAUAUCGAGUUAUGUAAAUGAAUUACAGUAUCAUAAGCUCAUAUUCACCUUAUUAUCAUUGAUAAAAUUAUCCUUUGGCAUUUUAAAAUUCUGGAGAAACCAUAAAGAUGAGUUGCAUUAUAAGUACAGGUACUUAUUAGUUCCCAUUUACUUCAGGUUUGUGUAUACAGUAUUUUAUGAUCUUUUAAUAUUAUACACUAAUAAAUGGCUACAUAGUAUUUGUGUACAGUCCCCCAACAUGGUAUUCAGACCCAUGGUGUUUGUUAGUUCACUACAUGUUUACAUAUUAAGCAAGCAACAUUUUUUCUUUUUUGCAAUAUGCAGAUUCAUAGGGUCAACAAAUAUUUUUAGCAAAUCCUGUAAAUGCUAUUCAAGAGGCACUUGGACAAGUUCUUGGAAGAAGUACCAGAGCAACCAGGUUGUAGUGGAUGUGUGGGCCUGCGGGCCGCUCGAAGCAGCAGCCUGUUGGACCAAGUUAUCACAAGUCGAGCCUAGCCUCAGGGGAGUAGAACUCGAGAGGGGCCUGACAGCUGAGUGUACAGCACUUCGGAUUUGAAGUCCUGAGAUUUCGGGUUCGAUCCCCAGUGAAGGCAAAAAACAAAUGGGCAGUUUCUUUCACCUUGAUGCCCCUGUUCACCUAGCAGUAAAUAGGUACAGUACCUGGGAGUUUGACAGCUGCUAUGGGCUGCUUCCUGGGGGUGUGUAACAAAAAGGAGGCCUGGUCGAGGGGAUGCUAAGCCCCGAAAUCAUCUCCCGAUAACCCUCCAGAUAUACUAAGAUUACUCUGACCUGCAUUUGUAUACCAAAGUCAGCAGAAUUAGAGAGAGGUUCCAACCUUCCACACCAGCAAAAGGUAAAAUAGGGUAACCACUUCAACAUCUGCACGAGGCUCGAGUAAGCUAGUUACUUCAGCAUCUGCUCCAGAUUCAUCAUUUCAAGAGGACUUUAGUACCUGAGUUUCUUCCUGUUCUAAAGGUUUACAUCAUGUACAAGUACCUUGUGCAAAACUCUCAUAUUUCUUGAACACACUGCCACCACCACUUUAUUAAUUAUAUACACAGUACUGUACAAUAUUUGGGUUCUUCCAUGUUUGGAAAGGGAAAAGAUUAUGUAUUCCUGUAAUCAACCUAUUUAAAAAAAGCUUGUCUCGAAGAAGUCCAAAUAGUGUUGAGGAUUAUAGUGCUGUACAAUAAGAAGUAAAAUAUAAAAUAUAUUAUAGUCCUUUAGAGAAAUCUGCACACAGUGAUCUUUGUGUAUAUCAGUGGAAUGCUUACUUAACAUUUGCCAUUUUCUUUAUCCGUGUUCUUUGUUAUGAAGGCGAUUAAAAAUGUAAUACCAUAUUGUAAUGUAUUGCUUUAUAGAACACCAGACAUGUUUUGUGACUUAUUAAUGCACUUUGAUAAUGCAUUGCAGCAUGAUAGUGUAAAGUAGCAACUUUUGGGCCAGUUUGAAGGGAGUUAGUAAUAGCUCCUGAUUAAGGAAGAUUUGUGUGAUACUGUACAUGAAAUAUUUACUAAUGAGUGUCCACUCGCCUCACUUGCUUACGAGCUUCAUGCAGGUCGGCGUUCAAUCCCAGACCGUCCAAGUGGUUGAGCAACAUUCCUCAAACCCCCCCCCUAUUCCCAGUGCUACAUAAUUGUAAUGGCUUGAUGCCUUCUCCUAAUAGUUCCCAUUCCUUAUGAGCUUACUUUCCCACAGAUCUUGGGAAGCCUUGAAAUGCAUAUCUUUUGGUUGAGGCUGUUAUUUUAAAAUAGUGUUAGCUUGCACAGGCCCUGUUCUAGGACAUGGCCAAUGCAAAUAUUUUUGUACUUAAUCAUUAUUAUACAGUAAUGUUGUUGAAUAUUAUUUUGUUAAAAACUCAUACAAAAUAUGUUUGUAUGCAAGAUUGUAAUACUGUAUGUAUCAAAUUAAAAGGAAAAUGCAA